AUGGACAAUGCUCACCUGGAUGUAUCGCCAAAGACGGCAGAUUUGGAUAUCACAUCGCUAUUCCACCCCAUUCCGUUCGACGAGAGUGCUGAAGAUCCGACCUUGUCGGCCUUGUCCUGGGCUGUGCUCCGGCAAUGGCUCGACUCACUUGGUGAUGUCGCCAACCCGACGAUUGACGUCAUUGGCGGUUCGACCACAACCAAGUCGGACUCGUUUGUCCGCUGCGGGAGCCACACUGACUCGGUGGCAUGGCCAUCUCAAGUCGACAGUCCAUCCUGCACGGUCAGCAUCUGCUCGUUGUCCAAGUGCUGUCGCAGCGCCCGAACGAACGGCCUCUGUAAGGAACAUGGAGGCCUGUGGGAAUGCCAUGUCGAUGGAUGCACGAGGGAAGCUGUGUUCAUCGACUACUGCGUCGACCAUGGCGGCGGAAGGGGAUGUAAAAUCGUCGACUGCUUGAACGCUGCCCAGUCCCAAGGACUGUGCAAAGCCCACGGCGGCGGGGCGCGUUGCAAGUUUGACCUGUGCGAAAAGAGCAGCCAAGGUGGAGGGUUGUGCCGCGCCCACGGCGGCGGCAAACGAUGCACACACGAAGGCUGCGGCAAAGGCGUUCAACGUGGCAACAAAUGCACAAAGCACGGUGGACUCUGUGAGUUCCAUCGAAAAGACCGAUUGUGCACAGUUGAGGGCUGCAAGCACCUCAGCCACGCCCUCGGGAUGUGCAAGCGACAUAUGCGCCAGCACCGCAACCAAGAAGCUGCCACUCAAGCCAUCGCCACGUUAUGGCAGUAG